AAAUAUUGAAAAAAGAUGGCGAUUGCAAGUUUACGAUGAAAAUGAAAUGGCGUUGAGUAAAAGUUUUUAGCUGUGAUGUUUAGUUAAAAGUGCAUAAAAUGUCCACUCCAUCAUCAAACCGUAAAUAUGGAGCUCAGAAAAUACGACUUACUAUUCUAUGCGCAAGGAACCUGGCACGACGUGACCUAUUUCGUCUGCCAGAUCCAUUUGCCCGAAUCUCAGUGGAUGGCAGUGGACAAGUGUACUCAACAAGCGCUGUGAAGGGAACCCUUGACCCUAAGUGGAACACACACUAUGACUUGUACCUGACUAAAGGUGACGGAAUUACAAUAAGUGUAUGGAACCAGAGGAAGGUACAUAAGAGACAAGGGUCAGGCUUCCUAGGAUGUGUUCGCAUCCAGCCAUCCACUGUUCACAAACUGAAAGACACAGGAUACCAAUGCCUGGAGCUCUGCGAGGACGGCUCGGGGGAGACCUGCGGGGUGCGGGGGCAGGUCAUCGUGUCGCUGCUCUCCCGGGACGGGGCGCGGGGCGAGCCGGCGGGCGCGGGCGAGGGCUCCCCGCUGGCGGUGGUCGGGCCGGCGGGCGACGUGCGCGCGCCGCGGGAGCCCGCGCAGCCGCUGCCGCCGCAUUGGGAGGAGCGGUUCGCGCCUAAUGGGAGGCCAUACUUCGUGAACCACCUGCUCCGGCGCACCCAAUGGGAGCGUCCGUCCGCGCCGGGCGGCCCCGCCAGCCCGCCGCCCCCGCGCGCCUCGCCCUCCCCGCCCGCGCCCGCCCUCGCCCCCGCGCCCGCCCCGGCCUCGCCUGUGGAGGCGGAGGGCGAUGCGCAUGCUACUAGCAUCUCUAUGAGGCCGGAACCCCAGCCUCAGACUGCGGUUCGGCGCGCCCCGCCCGCCCCAGCGCCCGCCCCCGCCACGCUUGUCACUGCUACCGACCUGCCUCCUGGAUACGAAAUGCGCACCACAGCGCAAGGCCAAGUCUACUUCUACAACGUGGCUCUGGGCUCAUCGACCUGGCACGACCCCCGGGUGCCGCAGCACCUCCGCCACUGCGCCGCCGCCGCCGGCCCCCUGCCCCCCGGCUGGGAGAUGAGACAGGCGCCGUCGGGGAGACACUACUUUGUGGACCACAAUAAUAGGACUACGCAGUUUACUGAUCCGCGGUUGGCUCUAGAACGCGCUAAUAUCACCCCCGAAGCGCCAUCCCCGUCCACCCCGCCGCCCGCGCCCGCCGACGCCCCCUCAGACUCCGAGGCUCUACCCAAGUACAAGCGCGACCUCGCGGCCAAAGCACGGGCACUGAGGGCCGAGCUACAAGCCUUGCAGCCGCAGACUGGGCACUGCAGGAUAGAGGUGUCAAGAAACGAGGUCCUCGAAGAGUCGUACCGCCUCGUCAUGAAGCUCCGUGGCAAGGAGCUCCGCAAACGCUUACUGGUCAAGUUCCGCGGAGAAGAAGGCCUAGACUAUGGGGGGGUGGCGCGAGAGUGGCUCCAUCUGUUGGGACGAGAGUUGUUUAAUCCGCACUAUGGACUGUUCCAGUACGCUAAUUCAGGGGAGGAUCGAUACGCGUUGCAGAUUAAUGCGGAUUCUGGGGUGAACCCAGAGCACUUAUCCUACUUCCACUUUGCGGGCCGCAUCCUCGGCGUAGCUUUAUUCCACGGGCACCAACUGGACGCCGCCUUCACCGCGCCCUUCUACAAGCAACUGCUGGGCCGGCCCAUCACCCUGCGAGACAUCCGCCUCGUGGACCCCGAGCUGCACCGCUCGCUCACUUGGAUGCAGGAGAACAGCAUAGCGGGCGUGAUCGACACGACAUUCUCGGUGGAAUGCUCGUCGUUCGGCGCGGUCCGCAGCGUGGAGCUGCGCGCGGGCGGCGCCUCCGAGCCAGUCACCGACGCCAACAAGCGCGAGUAUGUCCGUCUGUACGUGGCGCAUCGCUUCACGCGCGGCGCCGAGCGGCAGUGGCUGGCGCUGCAGCGGGGGCUGAGUGACGUGGUGCCGCCCGCGCUGCUGCGCCCCCUAGCGGCUAGAGACCUGCAGCCGCUGCUCGCCGGCCGCGCCGACCUCGACCCCGCCGACUGGCGCAAGCACACGCGCCUCAAGCAUGUGGCUCCAGACGCGCCCAUCGUCGCCUGGUUCUGGGAGAUUGUUGAAGAGUUUGAUCCGGAAAUGCGCGCGCGCUUGCUCCAAUUCGUUACUGGAUCCCGACGUGUUCCGCUAGCCGGCUUCCGCGCCCUACAAGGCUCCACUGGUGCGGCAGCUCCGAGACUCUUCACGCUCCAUCUGGUCGCAGAUGCUAACCCCGACUCACUGCCGAAGGCCCACACGUGCUUCAACCGCCUGGACCUGCCGCCCUACACGUGCAAGCAGAAGCUGCUCGACAAGCUCACACAGGCGGUUCUCGAGACCGCCGGGUUCGCCGUCGAGUGAACACAGCGGCCACGUGUUGAUAAGUAACGCUAAGCCUCUGUUAUUCCAGUUACGGACACAUUUUUGGGUACUGAAUCCGAUUUGAAACGAUGUACUUGAGUACAAGACUGAAGGACAAUUCGCAAUGUGACAUGACAAAAAUAUUGGUAGACAUAUUUUGGCCAAACGAUUGGAUACUAGGGGAGGUUUUACGGUUUGUAUUUCGGUGUUGAUUGUGUUGGAAACUUAUUAGCCCGUGUGUUACAGUACUCAAAAAUAUUAUUUAUUACUUUAACUAAAACUGUAUAACUUAAGCUUUGCUUACUACAUAGAUUUAAAUCGUAGCUUAUUUACAAUUCGUAUCUACCCAUUCAGGGGUAGUAGCUUGAGCACAUUUUGGAUAUAUUUUAUUAUUUUCUAUUAAUCAACAUUCAAAAUUACCCUUUUAAUAAAACUAUUAACAGCACAUAGUAAUGCUCAACUGUUAUUUACAUUUACAUAUCGUUACGUUAAGAUAAUUACAGUCAUUCACGUUUUUUUCUGUCCAGUGAAUUUAUAUCAUAGGGGGCUUCCAGGUUUCUAAUAAACAAAAUAAAGAUAAGUCAGUCUGUAUUGUAACGGCAGCAAACUAAUAAACAUCAUUGCUUUGCAAUUAUUCAUAUGGAAUAUUUUUGUAUAUUAUAUUUGUAUAUACUUAUAUGAAUCCAAUGUUCAGUACAAAAACAGCAAUAUUAUAUUUACUAGGAUUAAUAUUAGAUUGAAUUGUGUUCAUCAAUAUGCAACAUUUAUUUGCAAUUGAUUAAUUUCUUGGUGCCUUAUACAGCAGCAAUGUUAAAUGAUUUCAAUUACUUUCAACCCUUAUCAAUUAUUAUUUGAAUCUUUCAAAUUAUAGAUAGUACGGUCAUAUAAAACCAAUUGUAUAGAAAUGAAAAUUACCUGAUGAUGGAAUACAAACAAGGAUAAGUGCCUUACAUACCUGUUUGGAUAAAAUGUAAUUAUUUUUAAGCUUGUAAUGACUGUUAGUGAUAUGAAAUUAUUAUAUUAUAGUAGUAAUUGACUUACUGUAUUUAAAAUGAUAUUAUAAUUAUAAUAUUUUUGCACAUU